GGCGGUGCGUGGCCGUUCAUUCUCUUUAGUGUUUGUCAAUGUUGGAGGUGUGAGCAGCCCGGCCCGGGAUAGCCAGAAAUACGGGAUGGCACACAUUAAGGCACAGCCACCAUCAUCUUUGUGUGACUCUUCUUUCCCUCCUGUGAUAACCCCUCCUGUCACAAGUACCAGUCAGAUGAGUCUCCAAGCCUCCCUGAACGGGUCUGCCACAGAAUUAAGCACCAGUAGUCCAACCGAUCACUUGGCGGAUUCUGCUUCCUCUGUUAGUACACCAGGCAUUGGAACUGAAGAUGGGAAAGCUAAGUUCUUGGAAGCUACCCUCCAUGACAACAUGACAAACCCCAAAGAGAAAACGCCAAUGUGUUUGGUGAACGAGUUAGCCCGCUUCAACAGAAUUCAACCCCAGUAUAAACUCUUGGAUGAAAGGGGACCAGCACACUCCAAGUUAUUUACUGUUCAGUUGACUCUGGGAGAGCAAACAUGGCAAGCUGAAAGCACGAGCAUUAAGAAGGCUCAACAUGCCGCUGCCAGCCUGGCCCUAUCUGAAACCACACUCCCCAAGCCUGCAGCUAGGCAGACCAAAAACCACAUGAACAAUAACCCAGAAGCUGCUGAGCUGCAUGGGAAUACAUUUACAUCAUCAAGGCAUUCUGCCAAAGGUAGCAUAACUCCAACAGUGGAACUGAAUGGGCUUGCCAUGCGCAGAGGGGAGCCUGCCAUCUACAGGUCUUUGGAUCCAAAACCACUACCUAACCAACGAGCUAACUAUAAUUAUCGUGGGAUGUACCAUCAGAGAUACCUUUGCCCAAUGCUUAAAACGUUCUAUGUCCAGCUGACAGUGGGUAACAGCGAGUUCUAUGGAGAAGGGAAAACCCGCCAGGCAGCAAGGCACAAUGCAGCCUUAAAAGCCCUUCAUGCGCUGAGGAAUGAACCUAUCCCAGAGAGAUCAUCUUUGAAUGGAGAGGCAAAUAGGGGACCUGAAGAGGAUAAAGACGCAAACAAGUCCGAAAUCAGUUUGGUAUUUGAAAUUUCUUUAAAACGAAACCUUUCUCUGAGUUUUGAGGUGAUUAAGGAGAGUGGCCCACCGCACAUGAAGAGUUUUGUCACAAGGGUGACAGUUGGAGAAUUCACUGCGGAAGGUGAGGGAAACAGUAAGAAGCUGGCUAAAAGAAGAGCUGCCGCCGCUGUUCUGCAGGAGCUCAGAAAACUACCACCUCUACCUGUGAUUGAAAAGCCUAGAAUCUACAUAAAGAGAAGACCUAAAAAUAUAAUUAAGGCUUCCCCUGAAUAUGGACAAGGGAUGAAUCCUAUUAGUCGAUUGGCUCAGAUUCAACAGGCUAAGAAAGAAAAGGAACCAGAGUAUGUUUUACUCUCAGAAAGGGGAAUUCAACGAAGAAGAGAGUUCAUUAUGCAGGUCAAGGUUGGUGAGGAAACAGCCACAGGCACAGGUCCCAAUAAGAAGACUGCAAAGAGAAAUGCCGCAGAAGCCAUGUUGCUGCAGCUCGGUUAUAAAGCCUCUUCCCCUGUUGUUGAGAAGACUGGAAAGCGAGGGGAAAACCCAGACUGGGAUGAGCAGAAUUCUGGGAUUGCCGAUCAAACAAGCACCCCUAAGGGAAUUCUCCACCUUUCUCCUGAUGUUUAUCAAGAGAUGGAAGCAAGCCGCAAUAAAACUGUCCCCGCACCUGCUAUCAGUUAUUUGUCAUCAAAAGAAAUGAAUCAGGCAUCGAGUUCCUUUUUCAGUACAUCUGUAUCUCAGAGCUGCACAGCUGCCAUUGCUCGCGAGCUCCUGACUAAUGGAACCUCCCCAACUGCUGAAGCUAUAGGAUUCACAGGAAAAAACCUCAUGUGCCACAGUUCCACGGUUCAGCCAUCCAAGCAACUUGAAUACUUGGCAGGAAUUCAAGGCUUACAGGUAAAUUACAGUGAUCGACAAAGCGGUAAUGAUUUCUUGACCUGCUUGACAUUGUCCCCCGUACAGAUGACUUUCCAUGGCAUUGGCAGCUCACUAGAAGCAAGCCACGAUCAGGCAGCUUUAAGUGCCUUGAAACAAUUUUCAGAGCAAGGACUUGAUUCGGUGGAUGGUUCUCUCAUGGCUGAAAAUGGACCAUUUGAACAAGCCAAGCUCCGUGGUGAGAAGGCAGACAAUAAGCAGGCUAACUCAGGCACCAUCGCUCAGGACUGCAAGGAUUCAAAGGCCGUCGUCUAGGAGUUUCUCAGCAUCCGAGGCCGCCACUGCAUCCUUAUAAACCUGUCAACACGCAAUAGGGUGUACGUGUACAAGGAAACGAAUCACUUAUACCAUUAUACAGGUCUUAUGUGAAGACAACACUCUCCUAAAGCAAGAGAUAAUAAUAAAUGGUACUGUUUAUACAAAAAAGGGGGAAGAUAUUAACUUCGAGCACUUCCCUUGGAAUUUGACACCACAUUUUAAUUUAAUUGCCUAGAGGCAACAGAAAUCUGAUCUCCAUAGUGCUUCAAGUUAGUAUUUCUUAGACACCAUGUUAAGAAGAGCAAAACUCAGCGUUAUUAAACGACUAAACUCUUACAACCAGAAUUAAAUAACACCUUGGUUAGAGAUUGCGUGUGUGUUCUAUUUUACAGGUUUUCAUUUGUUUGUUUUUAGUAAACGCUUCGAUAUUUUAAGACUUUAACCAAUAACAGUGCUUAGUGCUUGUGAGUUGUAGUUGUUGUCUUCAUAUAUAGUCACAGCUUACUGUUCAUGAAGCAAAGUGCAAAACACAUACAUGGCAUUUAGAUAAAGUCCAGACUAACGAUCAGAUUCAUUACAGACAUUUUAUUUAACCCUUUGGGGCGUCAGUAGUGCAGCAGGAGAUUUCCGACACCCAAGGUUUUUUUUUUCGAGCCUGAGCUGAUGUAUGUAGCAACCAAUCAGUGUACCCCAAGCUACCCAGUUUAGAUUCCAGCCAUGCCACUUCAUGAUCGUGUCUGAAGAAAGACCUUUUUUCUUUUCCCUGACCUCCACGCUUUGUGUGUGAAGCACAUUUACACCCAUUGUGUUGUACUGACUCGCACAGUUACAUCAACUGAGUGUUUUUAAUACCUGCAUAUUGUGCUGCCACAUCAGCUAACCAAACAAAGAAAAGCAUGUACUAGUGACAAGAGACAAAGUAUUCCAAGUGUUAACAUGUUUAUAGGUGGAUAGAGACCAUGUUCUAUUGUAAAAGGAUUUGUGGCUGAACUCUGUACUAUCAUGUUUGGAACCAGUGUAUGGCCAAAUGCAGUAAAACCACAUCAGUUCAUGUGUAAA